AUGAUAUCCAAACAGCAGAUCCGGGUCUUUGCACGCAAGUUCACGAGUUCUGCUGCUGCGUGUGGGAUGAAGCAGCCUGGGAAGCCUGUUCUUGCAAGCAAGGAUGUGGUUAAGGGGAUGGACGCGCCGACAAAACAAGAGAUGUGGGGAUUAUUGUCUGAGAUAUUUGCACAAACUCGAAACACGCCCGAGGUACUUGCACGGUAUCACCGUCGGGCUCGGGAAUUACAUGCCAAGAAGAUUGCGGAAUCCAAAGCUCGGGGCUCAGAUCGGGUGGAUAGUACGAAAUUGGGGAAUAAUAGUGGGCUUUAUGUGACGAACGAACGGACAACAGGGUUUAGUUUGUACCAGGACCUACUUAAAGAUGAAGAGACAGAAGAGAGCAAGGUAAAAGAAAAAGAAGAAGAAGAAGAAGAAGAAGCAAGAUCUGCUAAGGCGGCUGGAUUUAGUAAAAAUAAACUACUAUUAUCGUUACUGGACUCUCCGCUGAAAACGUCAAAUACACUUUUUUGGCCCUGCGGGACUCUAUCGUUUUUGCCCUCAGACUUUAAACGCAUUUUACCUGGCCCCAUUCACUCUGGGUCUGAUUCUGGGUCUGGGUUUAUAUCCGAAAAUAAUGGUCCACAGGAACUGACUGCUGAGGAACUUGCUCAAGCAAGAGACUUUACAGUGGUACGGUCGCGCGACCCGGCCUCACUUGUUCGUUGGAUUGGUUACUAUUUAGAGUUCCCAACGCGCGAGGCUGCUGUGGCUUAUUACUGGGCUACACUUGGCGCUGAGUUAUGUGGGAUCCGUGUCAAUUUCCGGUUCGUUGACCCGUCUCAGGCCAGCAUCCACCCUCCAGCACUUUCUGCAAUUCCUGGUGUGUCCCGACGCAUGUGUGCACUGGUGGCUGGGCUACCACCACGAUAUUCUCCACAUACUAUGGCCCGGAUAUUAUGGGAUUAUGACUUGCUGCCGAGUGCACAGGAUGCUGUUGUCAAGUUAUCUGGAGAUGAAGCGCACUGUAGUGAGUCAAGUUGGCUUGUCCGGUUUACAAAUGAGGAUGAGCCGCGGCGGUUGGUGCGGGCAUACAACAACCGGUACUGGCCCAACACUACAAUGGUUCCAAAGAUUGAGGUUUUGGAUUAA